AUGAAUAUUAUACCUUGUUCCAUUAAAACACUCAAGGGGUUAUACGAUAUAUCGGGUGUAGAAGUAGGCCAACACUUCUAUUGGCAAAUAGGAGGUUUUCAAAUUCAUGCCCAGGUACUCAUCACUUCUUGGGUCGUAAUUACUAUCUUGCUAGGUUCAGUUGUCAUAGCUGUUCGGAAUCCACAAACCAUCCCGACCGACGGGCAGAAUUUUUUUGAAUAUGUCCUUGAGUUUAUUCGAGACUUGAGCAAAACUCAGAUUGGAGAAGAAUAUGGUCCCUGGGUUCCCUUUAUUGGAACUAUGUUCCUUUUUAUUUUUGUUUCAAAUUGGUCGGGUGCUCUUUUACCUUGGAAAAUUAUAGAGUUACCCCAUGGGGAAUUAGCAGCGCCCACGAAUGAUAUAAAUACUACUGUUGCUUUAGCUUUACUCACGUCAGCGGCAUAUUUUUAUGCUGGUCUUAGCAAAAAAGGAUUGAGCUAUUUCGAGAAAUAUAUUAAACCAACCCCAAUCCUUUUACCAAUUAACAUCCUAGAAGAUUUCACAAAACCAUUAUCGCUUAGCUUUCGACUUUUCGGGAAUAUAUUGGCGGAUGAAUUAGUCGUUGUUGUUCUUGUUUCUUUAGUCCCCUUAGUAAUCCCUAUACCGGUCAUGUUUCUUGGAUUAUUUACAAGCGGUAUUCAAGCUCUUAUUUUUGCAACAUUAGCCGCAGCCUAUAUAGGUGAAUCCAUGGAGGGUCAUCAUUGA